AUGUCAAUAAAAGCCACCUUAUUGCUAGCUUUUGUUGCUAUAGCUGCUUGCUAAAGUUUCAAUUACAGUGAAGACCUCUCAUAAGAUUUAGCUAACUUUUCUCUUAUUUCCUAUUGUGGUGAAGCUAAAAUUAGAUAAUGGAGCUGUGGUCCUUCUUGUUAACAAUUUCCUGAAGGUUUAUCGGAUAUGUAGCUCAUAUCUAACUCAGCCAAAAACGCAUUUGGAUAUUUGGGAUUCUCUAAAUAACAUGGAGCUAUUAUUGUCGCCUUCAGAGGAACAAUUCCUUGGUCUUUGACUAAUUGGGUAACUGACAUAGAUACUUAAAAAACAUCUUACCCUUUGUGUGAAAAUUGCUAAGUCCAUUAAGGAUUCUACAAGCAAUUUGAUUUAUUAAAAGGUCAAUUAAAAGAUGCUUUCCUCACUCUCCGUUAAAAGUACUCUUCUGCAAAACUUUUUGUUACAGGACACUCUCUUGGUGCUGCUAUUAGUACUCUCUCCAUACCAUUGAUUUAUGAAUUAAAUGGAAAUAAACCUAUUGAUGCUUUCUAUAAUUUCGGUUCACCUAGAGUAGGCUGUUCGAAAUUCGCUAAUUGGUUUAACACCUAAAAUUUUGCUUUGGAGCAUGCAAGAAUUACUAAUGGUGCUGAUCCAGUUCCUCAUUUACCUCCUUCUGUUUUUCCCUUUAAAUUUGAGCAUCACAGUCAUGAGGUGUUUUACAAUUCUUUCCUUUUGUUUGGAUUUAAGUAAAAUCAAUGCGAUGCUGGAGAAAGCACUUUUUGCGCUAAUAGCGUUACAGUAGCUGCUAAUCCAGUAGAUCACGGAACAUACUUUAAAUGGGAUUGGUUAAAAACAAUUGUUACCUGUUAAUGA